ACAAACAAACUCGUCAUCUUUAUAUAGAUUGUUUGUACUCAAACCUAAUCAGAAUUUCAUGGACACAAUCGCUUAAUUCCGCAAUGCUAUUUACAUUACGUCUCCCACAGUUUCGUUUAGUUAAAGUGCAUUCAAGAAACAGGACGAUACUGUAUAACCGAAAAUGAAAGCUGUAGUUUUUGACGGUAAAACCCUAACUCUGAAGUAUGAUGAGAAUUAUCCGAUGCCAACGAUUGUGAACGAGACGGACGUCAUCGUUAAGGUUGAAUAUUCUGGAGUAUGUGGAACCGACUUGCAUAUUAUUCAGGGUGAAUUUCCAGCUUCAAAAGAACGUCCACUGCCUCUGGGUCACGAAUUCAGCGGCGUGGUCCAUCAAGUGGGCAAGCGGUCCAUAUUCAAAGUGGGCCAGAAAGUUGCCGUCGAUCCUAAUCGAGCGUGCAACCUUUGCGAAUUUUGUCGUGACGGUAAAUACCAGUACUGCCUAACUGGUGGUAAAAAUACUAUCAUCGGUAUAUGGAGAGAUGGUGGCUGGGCACAGUAUGUGCGGUGCCCUGAGGAUCAAGUAUUCGCAUUGCCUGAUGGGAUGACUACCGAGCAUGGUGGUCUCUGCGAGCCAUAUUCAUGUGUCACGCACGGCUUUGAUCGAGCCUCCCCUCUCCCCGUCGGGACGAAGAUUUUGAUCAUCGGUGCUGGUAUUAUCGGCAAUUUCUGGGUAACUACUCUUCAUCUUCAAGGUCACAGAGAUGUAACAGUGUCCGAGAUGAAUAAAUCUAGACUCGAUAUCGUCAAAGGCUUAAACACCGGUUACAGACUGAUCACACCAGAUGUUUUAGGCGUGGAAAAACAACUCUAUGACGUUAUUGUCGACUGCACAGGUGUCGGUAAAGUUAUGGAGACAAGUUUUAAAUAUCUGAAUAAUGGUGGUAAAUACAUAUUGUUCGGAUGUUGUCCCCCCACGCAUCAGGCUUCAUUAAAUCCAUUCGAUAUCUACAACAGGGAGUUGAGUUUGAUCGGUGUUAAGAUAAAUCCAUUCAGCUUCCCCAGAGCCCUUGGUUUGUUGAAAGCUAUGGGGGAAAGGUAUCUCAACUAUGAGAAAUUGGGAAUAAAAACGUACCCCCUGUCGUCCUAUCAAGAUGCAUUGAAAGAUUUGAAGACUGGAAAAAUAUCGAAAGCUGUUUUCAAAGUCGAGUGAUCCUUUUGUGAUCCGCGCAAUCUAUGUUUGCCGGUCUGAAGUUGGCUCCGAAAUUCGUUUGCACAUGUUGAAUUUUUUUCCUGUUUUUCAUUUUAACUGUGUCCCCUUCUUUCGAACGUCAAAUCAGUAAUGACAGAAAGAGAGAAAUGAAUAUUUAACGAAAGAGCUAAACUUUUAUAAAUAACGUACAUAUAUUUGCAAAUUGACUGAUAUCCGACCGGCCAACCUAAGUCGCGAAUGAUAUUAUUUCAUAAUAUAAUCGUGUGUGAAUUAAUUUAUUAAAUAAAUAAAAUACAUAAAUAA